GUCGGUGGCCAGCCGUGGAUCGCAACGGUCGUGUCCACGAUGAAAGAAACCGCGUUCACAGUGAAAGUUCGUUAGAGAAAUGCGGCUCGCGAUCGCCUUUCUGUUUGUGGUGACAUGGCCCGGCACGCAGAGCGUCGGGUUCGACUACGCGUCGGCGUGCGCGCGGCCCUACCGCUCCAACCGCGCACGCGCCGCGCCCGCCGCGCCCUGCGACCUCACCAAGUUCAAUUACUGCACCACCCCCGGGAGCAGCUACCCUUGGCAUGCUAUACGACGGUUCGUCAGGGAGAACCAGGGUCUGAUGAAGAGGAUGUAUGGUGAAGAACGACACAUAUCUGUGUUGAAAGCAGAAUUAGAAAACUUCAUAGAAGACGACGAUGAAGACGGUGAAGGCAAAUCGACAGAUUUCGCCGAAGACAUCAUCAAAACCAAAAUGAUGUAUACCAAGAAGAGCCAUGGCCGUGCCAUGAGAAACAAACCACACUUCAGACCAAUCCAAAACAUUGAUAAGAACAAAAAAGGUGAAGAAAACUUAAAAGUGAAACCUCUAGAUCGUCCUACAAAUCAAACUAAAACCAACAACACAGAAAAUAGCAACAAAACUGAAGUAACGAACAAUGAAACACUUAAUGAAGAUAAAGGCAUCACUUACAAAACUAAGUUAGAAAGUAUCGCCAAUAUUGAAAUAAACAAUUUAGAUCCUGACGUGAUAACUUUAGAAGCUGUCAUAAAACAGAGCUUAGAAACUAACAGUAUCUAUCCCAACCCUUCAGAAUCCCCAAAGAGUAAUCUUUCAGCGGGGAAUGUAAGAAAUACAACAAUAGCAGAUAGAAAUGUGACUGCAACAACUGAAAACUUGCUUAAUUCUACAGAAACAACGACUACAGACGUCCUAUAUGACGAUACGACUACAGAGUCUACUAAAGAUGGAUGGAGACCUAUGGUCAGUGAUACGUCGACAUUACCACCAACGCUAUUAUUCUCCGAGCAUGAAAAAGUGAAGAAUGUGAACCCCGAUACUAAGGUUAAUGAGGAGAAGAUUGAAUUCCACCCGAAACCAGUCCAACAUCAGGAAGCUAUGCGGCCUUCCGUCAUCAAGCUACGAGGAGCGAACGCGUGUGAGACUAAAGAGGAGAUGGCGGCGCCGUUCUGGGCGAACAGCACGAGGGGCGAAGUCCUGGCGCUGCUGAACAUGUACCCCUUCGAGCAGUACAUACACCUGGAGACCUGCGUGCACGAGCGGAAGCAGAUGUACUGCAGGGAAGGCUGCAGAUGCGAGCAGCAAUACCGUCUCCACCGCCUGCUAGCGUACGACCCUCGCAACGAAUGCCGCGGCAUCUUUGCUGACUGGUUCAAGUUCCCAGCCUGCUGCGUCUGCAAGUGCUACGACGUUCCUCUGGAAUUCCGCGCGCGUUCCCCCAGGAUCCUCCACCCACAGUACGAUGAGGAAGUCAAGAGGGUCAUCUAUGAGGAUGUCGCCAGAGACUGGUACUCGUCAGCGUAUGAUGAUGAGGAAGAAGACUUGUUUUGAUAUUCUACAAUGAUGUGCCAAAAAUAAACAUUGAUUAAAAAAAGAAACAUGAAGAAAAAUGUUGAUGGGAAUUAUUGAUUGAGAAAUGGCAUUUAUUUGUAUCAAAACCCACCUGGUUAUUAGUGUUUAGAUUAAUUAUAAAAAAAUAUUAAUUAUUAUAAUAAUAAUUGAAUUAAUGAAUUGCAUUGUUUUGCUGUUGUACACACAAUAACUGUACUCUUAAGUA